AUGGUGGCCAUCGGCGGGGAGGAGGCCUGGGACUUCCUCUGGGACAGGUUCCGAGAGGCCGCUGUCGUGUCUGAGGCCGACAAGCUCCGCACUGCACUCUCCUGCAGCCCUCAGCCCUGGAUCCUCAACCGGUACCUGCAGUACACCCUGGAUCCCACCAAGAUCCGCAAGCAGGAUGCGACCUCCACCAUCAACAGCAUCGCUGGGAACGUGGUGGGGCAGCCGCUGGCCUGGGACUUCAUCCGCAGCAACUGGAAGACGAUCUUCAACCAGUAUGGGGGUGGCUCCUUCUCCUUCUCCCGGCUGAUUUUAUCUGUGACUGAACGGUUUUCCACCGAGUUUGAGCUGCAACAGCUGAAACAGUUCAAGGAGGACAACCAGGACACCGGCUUCGGCUCGGGGGCACCGCCCCCGGCCCCUCGGGAUGCUUCACCUGCCGGCACUGUGGGCUGGGGGUCACCUCUGACGGUGGGGACCCCCCUGGAUCUGCAGGGAGCUUCUGACAUGGAGACGGUGGCCUGGGGGUCGUCCCCCUAUGGCCCCUCUGCAGGGACCUCCCCAGAGGUGUUUGGGGUUCCCGGGACCUCCCCAGAGCUGCAUGGGGUUGCCGACAUGGGGUCUGGGGCCUGGGGGUCACCCCCUUACAUCCCUUCGACGGGGACCCCCUCGGAGCUGCAUGGGGCUGUUCCUCCCAACGUGCCCUCCUGGCCGUCCCCUCCUCACCACGCAGGGGCAGGAUCCCCCCAGGACGUUCCUGGCGACCCACUCCUGGAUGCAGGACUGAUGCUGCCAGAGUUCAUGGAUGCAGGGUCAGUCUCUCAGGACCUGCUCUCUCUCUUGGAGGCUCUGCUCCCACCGCCGCCCCGGGACUGA